AAACGGUUGGGGUGCAUGGACACUAAUACAACUUUAUAAUAAAUACACGCAAGAAAGUUUUAACUCAAAACGUGCUUCGUGUAAAAAAAUAUUUUAGUGGCAAUAUUUUCCUUCCUAGUUGAAGAUUCAUUGUUCGUGUUUUAGCAUAAACAGUCAUGGGUGAGUUGGGCACGAAGCUCGGCUUUGACGAGUUGGCGGGAGGAGCAGCGGGCAUCAGCAGGGCGCUAUUAGCCGAGUUCAUUGGAAACCUGAUCCUCAACCUGUUCGGGUGCGGCGCCUGCGUGAACAUCGCGCAGUCGAACUCUGCGACAGACAUCGUGCUCAUCGCCCUCGCCUUCGGUCUGGCGGUCUUCGCCAUCGUUUCAGCGAUAGGUCACGUCUCGGGAGGGCACGUGAACCCCGCGGUAACGGCGGGUCUAGCGUCGGUGGGCCGCGUGAAACCGGCGCGCGCGGUGCUGUAUGUGAUCGCGCAGUGCGCGGGCGCCGCCGCCGGCUCCGGCCUGCUGAAGGCGCUCACGCCGGAGCGCGCCGCCGGCAAGCUCGGAGUCACCGCCCUCGGCAACGACGUUACUCCGCUUCAGGGCUUCGGCAUCGAGUUCUUCCUAGGUUUCAUACUCGUCUUCGUUGUAUGUGGAGUGUGCGAUCCGAACAAACCGGACGGCAAGCCGACGGCGCCGCUGGCGAUCGGCCUCACCGUGACGCUGGGCCACCUGCUGGCCGUCGACUACACCGGCUCCGCCAUGAACCCCGCGCGCUCCUUCGGCUCCGCGCUCGUCGCCAACGACUGGGCCAACCACUGGGUGUACUGGGCCGGGCCUGUGGCGGGCGGGGUCGCGGCCGCGCUGCUGUACGUGCACGGCUUCUCCGCGCCGCCCGUGGACUCCGCGCCGCCGCGGUACCGCCCCGUCGCUGCCGAUGAAAAGGAGCUGAAGCGGCUAGACGGCGGCAAAACGGAGGAGCUUGCCUGAAGCCGCGAGUCGCUCGCGCGGCCCCGCCCGCCGCGCGCGCGCCCCGCGCUCGGCGUCGGCGUCACCGUCCCCAGCG